CCCUGCACUGCUGGACCUCGCCCGAGGUCUUGUGCCUGUCCAUCACAUCACGUCUUCUUGCCCUUCCCGCCACAUGCCUCUCGACCUGUGGGUGUAAUCCACACCACGACGACCUCAAUUGCCUUCGCCCGAGAUGGCCCAUCAAGUUGCGGUUGCCACUGAGGGCACGCCAGUAAGAGCCAAGAACUCAUGCUGGCCGUGUCGUCAACGCAAGGUCAAAUGCUCCAGAAAUCCAAUUCCUUGCAAGAACUGCAUCAGACGUGGUGAACAAUCUGCGUGUGUGGUCGACUUCGAGUCUCGUCCGAGACCACCCAUCCUAAGAGCCGCUGGUGGUGCUGCCUCACCAGAGAAUCACGAGCUCAUACUGCUUCGACGAAAAGUGCUAGAGUUGGAAAACGAGUUACAAGGCCACAAGAGCCCGUCCUACCACUCUUCACCAAUCCCCAAUGAAUCGCCAACCAUGCGGCGGGCUGUGGCUCCUGAACCAGCAGCGCCCGCACCGGCCGACGAUGAUUGUGCCUCCCAGGGAUCAGAUGCCCUUAUAGUGGAGGAUGCUGCAUCCAUUCUCGAGUUCCUAGCUUGGGGUCGCCAAAAGAAUCCGGACUAUCACAGGCUCGCCAGCCCCGAAGCUACCAGAGGCGGCAUCCCAGGAGACAUACAGGAGGAAUCGACUGGACUGGACGACGAUUCUUUGGGUUCUCUGCAGAUGCUGUUGCCCAGUCAACGACAAGUGUGGCAGCUUGUCGACUAUUCCGACAAUAAUCUGCUCUGGUUCCAUGGCUCGUACAUGCCUCGGCAAUUUAGAACAGAACUGAGGGAGUUCUAUGCCAAAGCAGGCGGCACCAUAACCGACAGGCGCAUCGACUUGCAAUGGGUCUCACUCCUCUUUAGCAUCUUGACGGGCAGCCUUCUGUGUGCGCCACGAAGUCAGACAGGUGCGUGGGGUUUCCGCGCAAAUGAGCAGGCCUUCCUCAGCCAGAAGUGGUCGAGCGCAGUCAUGACCCUCCUGCACAAGGCGGCGUAUACAGCCAACCACUCCAUCUACUCCGUGCAAGCCAUAACGACGAUGACAAUGUCGGCUCAUCUGCUCGGACAAUCAAACAUGCAAUCUAUACAUCUCGCAGCCGCAGUACGCAUCGCCCAAGCUCUGGGUUUGCAUCAAUUGACCUCAGAGCGGAAGGGCGUGGACCCUGCGACAACCGAGCUGGGUCGUCGUGUAUGGCAACAGCUUUGUAGCCAAGACUGGUUCAAUAUUCCAUUCUCGGAGACUUACCUUAUCAACCCCCUCUACUCGAAAUCCGACCCUCCAGUCAACUGCUUUGACGACGGGAAAUUUACACCACUUCCAGAAUCUGUCGCGACGCCAGAGUCAUACACUCGGUUCUUGGCCAAGAUCGCAGCUUUAAUGCCCCACCUUCUAGAUGACAUGACAAGCUGCAACACGACUUACUCAAGAUACCAUCGUGUCCUGGCCUGGGACAAACAGCUCCGGGCAAUGGCUUCCGAGAGGCCGCCAAUGCUCUCGAACCAGCCCAUAGAGCAGGGGUGGCCUUCCUACACUGAAUGGGCAAGACGCUCACUGGCCAUAUCGUCUUCCCACAAGAUCAUCAUGGUGCAUCGGUCUUUUCUCUCCGAAAGCUUUAGAAAUCCCCAUUUCGAGUUUACACGACGCACGUGUAUUGCCGCUUCCAAGACAAUCAUCAAGGAAUUCAAGAUCGCCUUAGACGACGCGGGCAUGCCCACAUUUUGGACAUACCAAGCUUUUGCUGUAGCGGCCUGUAUUAUCCUGCUGCUAGACGUGUUCCAUCGGCGUCCGGAAGAGAGGGAAUGCAUUGAGCACACAAGCCUGGUUCGGGAAACCAUUACUCUACUGCACAGCUGUCAUAACAGCAUGAUUGCUAGCCGCGGUGUCAAACUUCUUUCUGCGCUCCUUCAGAACAGUACCAACACCCGACCUCGAAGCUCAUCGACCUCUGCGGCCGCUGUCAACCCUAAGAAGCGUAAUCAUGAGGAUGACCGUGUUAGCAUUGCAAGUGAACGAGCUCCGAAACGAGGUCCAGGCUUUGAUAUGGCUGCAUUUCUCGAAGAAUUUCACAGGAACAACACUUCUGAGGUAGCAUCGCGAGCGGCCCCAAGUACAUCUGCGCCUUGUCUGGUGCGUGCCAAUAAUGCUGCACGGGUCUCGAUCAAUGCUUCCGACGUCGCUGGCGUUGAUAUCUCAACAAACAUUCAAGAAUCGCUUGACGCCGAGGCUCAGUUCGCGUUCAUGGACACAAUUACCCGCCAAAUGCCGAUGGCUGGCGCAGACCAGAUGAACAGCUUCGAGAAUCUGCUUUACUUGGCGAGCCAUGACUUUUCGAUAAUAUGAAUUAUAUUGAUGUCUAUUCGCUCGCAACUAUCACAUCGGAGCUGCGAUCUGCUCCAGCAGUUUUGUCAUG